AUGAAGCUGCCGUAUCUUACGGCUUGUUGCAAGGAAGCGAUGCGAAUGAUUCCUAGUGUUGGUUUAACACUCCCCAGAAUUGUUCCACGCGGUGGCCGCUACAUUGCCGGUCAAUGGUUUGACGGGGGUGUGCGCGUGGGCGUGAAUGCUGCGGUGAUCCAUUUCAAUAAGGAGGUAUUUGGCGAUGACGCCGAGGAAUUCAAUCCAGAACGAUGGUUCAGAGCGAAUGCGAGCCGUAUGGAUCGAUACAUGUUCCAGUUCGGUGGUGGCUCAAGGACUUGUAUUGGAAAAAAUAUAUCCCUUUGUGAGAUACAUAAGCUAGUCCCAGAGGUACUUCGACUUUACAGGUUUGAAAUGGUUGAUCCUGCGGAGGAACUGAAAACCAUGAAUCGCUGGUUUAAUAAACCAAGGCAUCUUGAUGUGGUUGUUAAAAACCGAUCUGCGGACAUGUAA